AUGCGGCGGUGGCUGUGGUGGUUGACAGCGGCUGCGACUUUGGCUGCGCUACUAGCGCAGCAUUAUACGCCUGUCGAUUCGCUGCUACAGCAACACGAUCGGCAUGAUUGUCCCGAGCGAUGUCCUCAAUGUAGAGAACCGCAAUGCGGAAAUACCGUACUCGACCAGUGCGGAUGUUGUCCGAUAUGUGUUCGACAAGAAGGCGAAAUAUGUGGCGCAGAUGCGGGCGUUUGUACCGAGCAUCUACGAUGUACACAACAAAACGAUGAAAACGAGCACGGUAUCUGUACAGAAAUGUUUCCUGAGAGAUGUUUGAAAGCGAAAUGUUCGGUCGUAUUUCAUCCGGAAUGUCCAGCAGACUCACGACUUGUCAUUUUACCACCACCACAUGGCGAAUGCUGUGGACGGCCCGGUACUUGUCAUUGUGAUCAACAGAAAUGUGAAGCAUUUGUUCCGAUUUGCGAUAAGGGAAUGGAAAGGGUAUUAGUGAAAGAAGGUGGCCAUCAGCCCGGCUCAUGUUGUGAUGUGUUUGAGUGCCGAAAGCGAGAACUUCGAUGCGAAUCGGUACAAUGCCCAUUGCAUGUUUUCGACGAGGAUGAAGGUGUUGACUGUCCGGCGGAUAGCGUUCGUCCAGCGGAACAUGUCCCGAAUGGAUUGUGUUGUCCAGUGCGACCCGGAUGCCGUUGCCGAGCAGCUGUCUGUCGCCCCGCGUUUUGUGACGAAGGAAAGAAACUGCGUAUCAUCCGGAAAGGUACGGGCACACCUGGGCGAUGUUGUGACGAAUGGACUUGCGACGACGAUCCACAGCCUUUAUCAAAAUCAUGCAUAAGGGACGGGAAGACGUACUCAGAUGGUGAGGAAUGGCACACUUCAUCAUGUGAGGUGUGCAGAUGUAAAAAAGGUGUAGCGGUCUGCAGUAAGAUGACAUGUCCGAAGACACCUCCUCAAUGCUCGUGGAUUAUGAUCCCAGAUGGGGAAUGUUGUCCGGUUUGCGUAGGAUGUCAGACAGAGAAAUUAGAAAAAAAGAAGAAGAACGAGACAUGGCAGAAGGAUGACUGCACAACGUGCACAUGCUCGGAAGAUGGAACACCUAUAUGUGAAAAACAUAUGUGUCGUACAGAAUGUGAGAAUCCUCGCAAAGUGGACGGACAAUGUUGCCCGGUUUGCGAUGAACCUCUGUUGCUCACAAUGCCUGUAGCGUGUCCAUCCAUUGAACACUGUCCAUUACGAUGUGAAGCUGGACUUGAACGAGACGAACGUGGCUGCUUCCAAUGUGAAUGUGUACCUGCCCAUCGACCUGAGCAAUGCCCAACAUUGUCAGCGCAGAACUGCGACAAACAAUGCGCUCAUGGUUAUGCCAAAGAUGCCACAGGAUGUGUGGUGUGCAAAUGCGCCAAAUGUCCACCGUUACACCAAUGUAUGAAGCACUGUCUGUAUGGAUUUGAGUCGAAUUCCGUUGGAUGUCCAGUGUGCAAAUGUAGAGCAAUCUCUCGCAUCGAAGCGAAACUGACGAUACCGGAGAAGAUUGGACGACUAGCCGGUUGGGACAAAUGCAUUUCACUUAGCCCUACAGGUCGUGUCAUAGAACGCGACGGAGGCGAGUGGUGGAGCGACGGGUGUCGCCAUUGUUUCUGCGAACAAAAACAGGAGUACUGUUCGCUGAUUUCAUGCGCUCCACGUCCUGCUGAUUGUCCUGAAGAGAAUUGGGUGCAUGAAGAAGGAGCCUGCUGUUCCUCCUGUAUGUCCACAUCAAACAAAUCAAUAGUGCUCACAUCGAAGCACGAACACACAGUAUGCCAAUCGCCUGGAUCUGGAAGAAUUUUUACAGAUGGUGAAACGUGGCAACUGGCGCCAUGUGUCUCAUGCACAUGCCGUGUUGGACAUGUCCUGUGCAGGGCGGUCGAGUGCCCAGCAAUCGCCUGUCAUCACCCUGUCAUGCAUCCGGAUGACCAAUGUUGCCCGCGAUGCCCCACGAAUAGCACGGAACUUAUGAAUUCAGACACGUCGGUAGUUUGUACUGAUGGUUCUGGUAUAGCCCACCAAGCAGGAGCAUCUUGGCGAACUGAUGACUGCACAUCAUGUGAAUGUACCGCCGAUGCUAAGGUAAUCUGCUACCGACAACAAUGCGACGAGGACACCUCUUGUGCCGGCAAACCGCUAAUGAUAAAGGGUCGUUGCUGUCCUGUAUGUGAAGACGCACUCUCUGCAUCAGUGUGCUCUUUCGAUGCGUCCGUUUAUACUGUAGGCGAGGAAUGGCGUCAGGACACGUGUACCAAUUGUUCAUGUCAGCCGGGUGGUCGUACAAUAUGUCGUCAGUUGGUGUGUCCACAAUGUGUCGAGCCCGUACCUAUAGAAGGACACUGUUGUCCGUUAUGUAAAGAUCAAGGUUGGGCAGCGUUCGAGGGAACCGGUUCAUCAUUAGCUCCACCAGCGCCGCACUCGAACUCAUUGCCAUGGAUCGGACUAUGCCUGAUGUCUUUAGCUAUCGUUGGACUUAUUGUUGUGCUGCUUAUUCUCUACAAGAGAAGUCGUGGCGAGACAAAGAAGUCCUUUGAGAAUACAUCGUCGUGCGUUCGACUGUCGGCGUCGAAACAAAUCGGUUCGAUGCCUCAUCUGGUCGACUGGCCACCAACGUCACGAAAAGAUUCGCAUGGAGACGGGCAAAGCGAAAGCCUACUCUCUACGGUUUCUGACACAAUGACUGCAACCAGCUGCGCGUCGUCUGGAGCGGAUGCACACGUGGAUACUCGACCGCUCACUAAUCGUACACGACAUCAAUUCCAGUGUCGAGUAUGA